AUGCCCUACGCCAUGUAUGCGCUCUGUCCAGAUACUCGGGAAAAACAAGAAACAUCCCAAAAAGAUGAUGCCAGCCAAAUACUCGAGGACAUUCUGGCCCUGAAAACUCAAAAGUUUACCACAAAGGAGACAGUUGAAACCCAAAAGACUGAUUCGACUCUAGCUUCUCAGAAAACAGUCCAGGCACCACAAUCAAACCACAAAAUCACAUACCAAAUACCAAUUCCAGAGCCAAUCACCAGGGAUGAGCUGGAACUUGAUUUGGACGCUUCCCGCCGUAUGCUGAUACUCAAGGGGAACCAUGACAGCGAGAAUUUCUCCACGUCCUUUACUCGCCAGUUCCAUAUCUCCGACUCGGCAGAUAUAUCCAAACUAAGUGCUUCCUUUGCUGAUCAUUUGCUACAUGUUGAAUUUGAAAGGCUGGAAGAAGUCACUAGUGACCCCAAUGUACAACGUAUUUCUAUUGAAUAA